CAGAUUUCUGUGCAGAAAGGCGACCUAUUCAUGAUCGAACUGCUCCUCGAGCGCGGAGCGAACAUUAAUGCGCCACCUGACCCAGACAAGGGCGCCACGGCGCUGCAGCACGCGGCAAUGGGCGGGUUCGUUGGAAUCGCCGAGAUGCUGAUAGAGAAGGGGGCCGAUGUCAACGCUCCUGCGGCCGAGAACGGCGGGAGAACAGCGCUCGAGGGCGCAGCCGAGUACGGCAGGAUUUACAUGAUCCAGCUUCUGCUCAACGCCGGCGCUCAGACA